UAGUUAUUGGCAUGGCACAAUAGACAGGCAGUGCACGCGAUUGCCUGCCUUCAUUCGGUCUCCGACAUUCCGUUAGUCAGUAACUGACACAGUCUUCACUUUCCUUUACGCUGUGCGCCCGUGAACUCCGCUAUGCAGUAAAAAUUCAACCGUUUCCGAACGCUGCUGGAUUGACUUGACAUAACUUUUGGAGGGAAAUAGAACAAAAUGGCGCGCAAAAGUUUUUUGUUCUUCGUAACUCUUGUGCUUGUGUUUUCGUCGUGUGAAAUGAAGAGAAAAAUUAAGGACUAUCCAACGGAGAAGCAGCUGACUUUGCAAAGGAAGGAGACCACUCCUGUUGACUUUACCAGGUUGGUGGUGAUGAGACUGGUGUACGGGUUCGCGAAAGUGCUGGGCUUCGAAGAGCCCAUCAGUGAAGUGAUGAACGGUGCUUUCGUCCCACCCGGGGCGGACGAUGAUGACUUUGAUGAUGACGAUGACGGUAUUUUUGACGACGAUUAUUAGUUUAGACAAUUUAUUUAUUCAUAGUUUUAAUUAAUGAUACCAAAUAAAAUGCAUUUAUACAAUGUAAUUUAUUAGAACGGGUCAGUUCAUUGUUAAUAAAUUACCUGUAACUUUUUAUUUUCCGUAAGUAAUUCUUAAUUUAUAUUUAAGGUUAUUGUAAACCUAGUUCUUGGACGUAAUGUCUCAAUUUUUUAGCUGUUGUAUUUAUUAAUUAUUUAUUAACUGAUCAUGUACCUGGUAGAUAUUACUGUUUUUGUAAAUAUACA